UUCAAAAGCGGUUAAACAAGCAACCAACAGCUGGUUCCUCUAUUUACUUAGGAACUUUGCUUAUUGGUUAUUGGGUUUUGUAGGUGUCACUUGUAAUUAAAUUAUUUUAAAAAUCUUAAAGGAGCCUUUUUUAGUAUUUACUUUCGAGUAAGUGUUGCCAAAAUGAGCAAAUUAGCUUAUACAACUGCGAAUCUUUCUGAUGUGCAGUUGAAGGAACAAGGAAAUCAGUUGUUUGUGUUAAGAAAAUAUGAUGAUGCUGCAAGCUGCUACACCAAAGCGAUUAUGAAAAAUCCAAAUAAUGCAACGUAUUUUACGAAUCGGGCCUUAUGUUACCUAAAACUGAAAAGAUGGGAAUUAUCUUGCCACGAUUGUCGUCGGGCGUUAGAUCUGGAUUCUAAUUUUCUUAAAGCUCACUUUUUCUUAGGGCAAUGCUUAAUAGAAAUGGAACUGUAUGACGAGGCCAUAAAACACUUACAAAGAGCAUUUGAUUUAUCAAAGGAACAGAAACAGAAUUUUGGAGAUGAUAUUACUUGGCAGUUACGUCUCGCUCGAAAGAAACGAUGGAGUUUGUUAGAAGAAAAAAGAAUAUGUCAAGAAAUUGAACUGCAAACGUAUAUAAAUAGGCUUAUAAAAGAAGAUAUGGAUAGAAAUUUAGCUAGAUUGAAAAUCGACGGAAAUAUUAAUGAACAUGAAUUAAAAGAAAAACAACAAGAAUUUGAGCAACAAUGUGAUGAUCACAUUAAGGAGCUUAAUAAUAUUUUUGCAAAAGUUGAUGAUAGAAGACGAAAACGCGAUGUCCCAGAUUAUUUGUGUGGUAAAAUUAGUUUUGAAAUUCUCACCGAUCCUGUGAUAACUCCAUCCGGUAUAACAUAUGAACGGAAAGAUAUUGAAGAACACCUGCAACGUGUAGGUCACUUUGAUCCUGUGACUAGGGUUAAAUUAACCCAGGACCAACUAAUACCGAAUUUUUCGAUGAAAGAAGUAGUAGAUUCAUUUAUUGCUGAAAACGAAUGGGCUUUAGACUUUUAAAUAUUAUUAAAUCUAUGUAAAUAAAUGUA